UGAUGCCUCAUGUGAAAGCCAAGGUGGUGCCAGGAGCAGAUGACAAGUUCAACAGCACACGGAAGCAGUCUGCUGGAGCUCAGUUCCGGCAUUCCCUGAUGGUGCUCAUGGAGAGGAUGUAUUCUGCUAACCCACACUUUGUGCGCUGCAUAAAGCCCAACAGCCAGAAGGAGCCAGGUGUGCUGGACAACCAGGUGGUGCUGCUGCAGCUGCGGUACAAUGGGCUGCUGGAGACAAUCCGUAUCCGAAGAGAUGGUUUUUCCUGGAGACCCUCCUUUGAGGAAUUUGCUGAAAGAUAUGGAAUUCUUCUGGUUAAACCCGGUGUCCCCCUCACAAAAGAAAGCUGCUUGGAGAUACUGCAAAGUACAGAGCUGAAAGGCUGGAUUUGUGGAAAGUCUCGACUUUUCUUUAAAUAUUGGCAUCAGGAACAGCUGGCAAAGUAUGUGGAGCGACUGGAAAGAGCAGCAGUUAUCAUACAGAAAGUUUUCAGGGGAUUCAGAUGCAAGAAGAGUUUCCUAAAGCUGUUGGCUGACCUGAGAGCUCAAGCACAGCGGCUACAGGAGGAGGCAGAGAGAGAAAGAAUCCGGCAGCUGGCACUGGCAGCAGAGGCCCAGGAAAGAAACUCCCUUCCAGUCCCCAUGCCACGAAAGAGGCGCCCUCAGUCUAGUGCUCAUCCUUCUGAUCAGUCACAGCAGCCACCAGUGCCACGGCCACGCAGCAAACUGACAGAGUCCACUCCUUUUGAUAACUUCUUGAACCCUUCUGUGCCUCCUCCUGUUCUGGGAAGUGAGGAACAGACUGGGGAAGAAGCAAAAAUGAGAAAACUCAAGAGAGGAGCAACUCUCCGCUGGUUCACAGAGACACAGGCCCAGAAGGUCAUGCAGGAUGAUGGGGCCUUUCCAAGCUGGCUGCAGGGCAUGAUCAGUCGGAGGGAAGCUGAAAACUUGCUGAUUGACAAGCCUUUGGGUUGCUUCCUUGUUCGGAUCAGCCAGAGCCGGCCAGGCUACAUCCUGACAUACCGGGGCGAAGGGCGCUGCAGACACUACAUGAUCCAGGUGCAGCCCAACGCUCGCUACGUCAUCCUGGGCGAGGACCGGGCGCACGCCUCGCUGACCGAGCUGGUGCGCUACCACCAGAGCGUGGGCAUCCAGCCCUUCAUGGAGAGACUGACUGUCCCCUGUGGGCAGAAAAGUAGUGAGAGCUUGAAUUACAAAAAUCUGGAGAACCUCACACUGAGUUCACCAGCAGACAAGGGGGAGACCCCUCCAGAGAAACAGUCCUGCCCCUCCAUGCCUUCCAGUGGCACAUCUGCUCUGCAGUGGUUCAGGAGGACCAAGAAUUUCCAAAACCAGCAGACCCCAGAGAAGAGUAGAACAAAGCCUAGCUCUGGAGAGAGCAGCCAACGAGCCUUCCCUCGCCUCCGCUCUUCCAUACGCCUGGCAAUGCAGGAAAUCCAGCAGUUCACUUCCAGUCCCAUGAACAUGUCUAGAGAGAGGAGCUCACUGCACUGAGGAUGCACAACCUGGGUGACACGGUCCAAGUGGCUCAGACCUGUCCUCUUCCAGUGUGGUUGGGCCUUGCCUAACAGUGAACACAUCCAGAGAUACAGCAGC